UCUCUUUUUAUCCCCGUUUCCAUUGUCAUACCUUUGAUUUUUUCUAUUGCUCCCUCCAUACCUACACCUCCCUUGUCUCCCCCAAAGUUUUCUCUCCUCGUCUCUGUUUCUCUCUCUGUAUCUCUGGGGUUUCUGUCCCCCCUCCUUCUUGCCGUCAAGCUGGAUUUCCUGCAGGUGAAGCAUCUGAAGAGGAAGAGGAAGAGCAACUACAGUGUGAGAGAAACACAGACUCUCAUCAGGGAGAUCCACAAGAGGACAGAUGUGUUGUUUUCCAGACAGCAGAACACAGCCAUUAAUGAGCUGAAGAGACAGGCAUGGGAGGAGGUGGCACGGAGUGUUAAUGCACUGGGGGAGGGAGAGCUUCGCACUGCUGCCGAGGUGAAGCGUCGUUACCUGGACUGGCGUGCACUCAUUAAGAGAAAACAGCUCCGGGCUGAGCUCUCCCUCUCCUCCGCCUCAUCCUCAUCUGUGCCCCUGAAGACUGAGUACGAUCAGUCCUCCCCUGAGCAUGAGGCAGCUUCUCUGGGAUCGGGAUGUGACCAGCUGCUUGACCUUUCGGGGCUCUCGAAGGAUUGCCACUGCGACUGGCCGGAGCUGACGGGUCUUGGUGAGCCGAGUGGGCAGGCCAUGAUGGCUCCGCUGGGUGUGAAGAUGGAGGACGAUGUCAGUGAAUACAGACUGGAUGGUGAUGGUGAUAUAGGAGACGGAGAAAUAGAUGAAGAUGAUAUCCCCUCCCUCCUCAGUGACAUUGAGUCACGCGGUGAGGGGCACGUUGGUGAUGUUUACUCCCACAAUGACUUGGACAUGCUCAGCUCCUCCAAGGCCCCAACCUCCACCACCAACAGAGACCUGCCCCUCGCUGGUGGCAUGAUGGGGAUGCCUGCCCAUGCUCUGGGUGCUCUGAACAAUCAUGACAACAUGGGCACGGGUUUUCUGGUUGUUGUUGAGAAACAGCGAUUAGAGCUGGAAAAACAGCGCCUGGCUGUGGAAACCGAACGCCUGGCAGUGGAGAAAGAGCGGCUGGUGGUGGAGAAGGAGCGACUUCGUCAGAUGGAGGUGGAGAGGGAGAGACUGCAGCUGGAGAGAGAGAGGUUACAGGUGGAGAGGGAGAGGCUGAGGCUUCUGCUCCUCAGUCAUUCAGAGCAUUCUGACUCCUCCUUAAACCUACCACCACAACAAGGCCCGCCCUCGUCCUCCACGCCUUCUUUAUCCUCCACCCAGGAUGGGCAGAGGGAGAGAGAGAAAGAAAGUCAAGGCUGGAUGCCAGUAGUGAAUCUGGAGACAGAGAGGCUAAAACUGGAGAAGGAGAGACUGCAGCUGGAGAAAGAGAGGCUGCAGUUCUUCAAAUUUGAGGCUGGCAGACUGCAGAUUGAGAGAGAACGCCUCCAAGUGGAGAAGGAGAGAAUGCAGCUGCACAAAGAUCAUUAGAGCCGCUGAGAUGAGGGAGAGAGAGAGAUAAAUACAUUAGAUUUUCACCAGCUUCAGGGGUGCUUUUAAUACUGAAAACAACCCAGAAUGUGAGGAUUUCCAUCAGCAGCUGCUCCCUUAUCAAGCUCCCCACACACAUAUCCUUAAGGAAGACGUGAGGCCAUUAAAAUGAUCAUUCCUGACUGGAACUCGGCCAAGGAGAAGACUGAGAUGAAGGGCUGGCAUAUUUACGACCACCAUGAUAAAGCUGUGCCUUACGAUGUCUUCAUAAAAUGGGUGACAGGACGGGGAAGAUGCCAUGAUGAUAAAAUGUAGAAUUUGUUGGGCACAUGCAGCCGGUUAGCCCUGAACAUGAUUUAUAAAAUGUUCAGCGCCUCAUCUAAAUACAGUAACAUACAAAAUGUGCUGUACAAAAAAAUUAAAUGCUGGGAUAUCAAUGCAACACAUGCAUACAAGUGUAGCAAUGUUUUUAUGAUGUAUAGACUGAAUCACAGUGACACUGGGCUAACAACAACAAUCACUUCCAGGUAGACAAAUGGCCAUUGAUUUCAAUUGUGGAGAUAUGGACAAUUGGCAGACUUGUUUAUUUCUGUCAUCAUUUUCAGCCGUGACUGAAAAGUAUAUAGCUAAACUAAAAAAAUCAAUAUCAGUGUAAGUGAACAUGAUAUUUGGAUUAUUUGUUCUCCACUUCUCCAUAUCAGCCCGAUUUCGCAGUGUCUUACGUUGUUGGCUUGGAUCGUGAACAACAGUGAGUGUCAUGUGCGAUAAUCCAUCGUUUUAUCUCAUGUAGUGUGUCAAAGUAGACGACAACCGGGAUGCUGGGAUGCCUCAUGACAUACCGACAGAAAGUCUAGCGUGUUUGAUUUUCUUUUCGUUCACGACUUCUCCCGUCACAGCUGUCACUUUGACCAAUAGAAACACAGAGCAAUCUGCUGCCAUGAUUGUAUGUCUACAACACACCAGCUUUUUUUUUUUUUAAGAUAUUUUAUGAUAGGACAGAUAAAUAAAAGAUAGAUAAUUGAUAGGACAGCUUAAGCGUGAAGGGGGGAGAAAGAGAGGGAAGGACA